AUGGAAAAUAAAGCCAUGAGAUAUUUUGGAAUGAGCCUUAACGUUUUAAUAUCCGUUUUUCUUGCUCUUUUAGAAAUUUACGUCAAUUAAGUCUCCGAUUCAAUCAUAAUUGAUGUUGUUUUAAUUCUCUGUGGAACUUUUUUCUCUUGGAUUUUCAUCAGUCAAAAAUUAGGAUGGAAGAUGGGUAAACUUCAAUAUUACUUUAGCGGAUAUAUCACCCUUUUUUUUUUGGGCUUUAGCCAUCAAGAGAAUAAUUCUGGUUGGAAUUUAGAGAAACGAAUUUGUUUUUUUUUUAUUUGGUUUCCUUAAUGGAAUUUAUGCAAGUAAAUUAGAAAUUAAAGAUAAAAAGAGGUAUUAUUUGAAAGCUAAAACGGCUUUUGAAGUUUUACUCAUAAUGGUUUUAACCAUUUUUAACUUUCUAACUAAUACUAUAAAUAAUCAUAUCAUUUUAAUCAUCUUUUACAUUAUUCUAUUUGUUCUUAUAGGAAUAUUUGAAAAUGUAAAUACAGAAAUUUAUCCUAUUGCAUUAAAAUAAGAGAAUUGCAUUACUGAUUAAAGAAAUACUUAAGCAGAACUAAAAAAAUGUUAAACAAUUAUUCAAUAAUAUCAAUCAACUAAAUCAAUUUGGGAAUAAUUUAACAAUCUUACUGAUGAUUGGAUUUGUUAAAUUGAUAUUACAAAAUCAACUUUCAAUAAUGAUUGGGAAAUUUAAAGUUAAAGUUUUGUUUUAAAGAAAUUUUUAAAAGAAAAUAAAACAAAUUUACGCUAAUUUUUUAAUCAUCUAUAAAUAGUUAAUUAAUCAUAAAGUAUAUCUCAAUCAAGUUUAGAUGAAAAUAAUACAUUUUUAAAUUGGUUAGAGAAAAAUUAUUUGUAAAAAAAAUGGCAGAAUAGAUUAAAUUUUUAGAAAUAAAAAUAAUUUUAAAAUGGAUAAGAUUCAAACUAGUAAUUUUAAGAAGAUUAAUAAUCAAUGAUAUCUCCAUAAAAUGAUGGAAGAUUUAUGGACCAAAAGGAUCAAAUUUUAGACUGUCCUGCUUAAUCUGCAGCUCUAAUAAAUAUGGAUACAAAAGAAUCUGUUCAUAAAACUUAAAUAUAAUGUUAAUUAUCACUUAAUUCAAUAAAACUUAAUUUAAAUCUUAUAAUAUAUUUAGUGGAAGAUGAUAGAUGUAAUGAUCAUAAAUAAUAUUCAAUUAUUAUUCAUAUGAAAAAUAUUCCAAAGAAUGAAAUCCUAGAUUCAUAGCGACUAAUAUUUUAUAGAUAUGCUGGUAGAAUUGCUGAUAAAUCAAGUUAAAUGCUUUAGCAAGUCACUCUUAUGAAAAAGUCCCUCUAACUCUAAUUAACGUAUUUAUUUCAUUUAAAUUAAAGAUAAUUCGAUAAGAUCAAGUAAAGCAAUUUUGGUUCUUUAUCAUAUUAUGAUGAUAAUGCAUUUAAUAAAUCAAUCCAAAUUAGAGAUUUUAAACAAGCUUAUUUAAAUAUUUAAAAACAAUCACCAAGGUAAAAUACAAAUUAAAAAGUUACUUCUACUCUUAGUCACAAUCAUGAUAGUUUGGAUGAGAACAUUUAAAAAUUAUCAAUUUCAUAUUUCCAACAAUUAUAAGAAAUAUUUAAGUAGAUAGAUAAACUAAACUUUGAUCUAAUAAUAAUGGAAUAAAACAAUUUUAAUUUCUUUGAAUUAUUUAGUAAUCCUUAAUUAGAUAUUGAAUAAUUUAAUAUAUUAACAAGUAUUAAUAUUGUCAAAGAAUUUUUUUAAUAAAAUCCUUUCUUAAAUUAGCACAACAUCAUAAUUACUUAAGAGUUAAAUAAUGAAACUUAAGUGAUAAUAUAAUCUGACAAAAGAAAAAUUAAAUAAAUAUUAAUUAACAUUAUUAAUAAUUCAAUUGAAAAGUUUGAGCUAAAUUAAAAAGAAUUACAACUUAGUAAAAAUGAAAAUUCAUAAAUUUAAUAAAGAUAAACAAUCUAAAAAUAAGAUCUUAAAUAUUAAAAUACAAUAGUCAUUAAAACAUAAUGUGAUAUUGAUAAAAUAAUUAUUGAAAUCUCUGAUCAAUUUGGUGGUAUAGAUUAAGAAUAGCUUAACAACAGAUUGAAUGACUGUAAAUUUGGUUUAUCAGCUUCUCAGAAAAUUUUAAGAUAUUUGGCUUACGAUCCUCAAAAACCUUUAGAGAUUAUUAAUUAUGAAAAGUGUUCUACCGGAGUUAAAGGCACAGUAGUUAGAUUUGUCUUGCCAAAAACUAGAGAUAAUUUUUAAUUACUUGAAGAAAGCAAUCACAUGGAAUCCUUGACGGUUAAAAUAAUAAGAGAUAAAUCUUGA